GGCGGCUUUUAUGAACAUUUCACAUUCACUCACACUGGAAAAUGGAUCUUGCCCAAUGUCGUUCUCAAUAUGAAGAGAUCCGAAGCAAAGAAUUCCUGCCUAUGAAAAAGGAGUACAACAGUAAAGACUUUUUAACGGAUAUGUCAGAAUUUCAAACGAAAAAAACAAACAGUAAAGUCUAUGUACCCAAUAUGGAAAGUCGGCUGUGUUUUCACAAGUUCAUGGGUCAGGAUCCAGAAACUUGGACAACAAAAGAAGAAGCAGAUCUGGCUUUGAAGACCGCAUCAGAAAAACUUUCCGAAGAAAAGAAAUUAGUGGAUGUGGAGAAGGAAAAAAUAGAACAACUUAUAGAAAAAACAGUUGCAGAUUAUGAAGCUCUACAAAAUAACCUAAAGCUAAUUGGAGAAAAAUUACAGGUUGUUGAAGAAAAGAAAUCAAAACUUGAAAAUUUGAAAGCCAAACAAAGAGAAGUUCUGGCUAAUUUGGGUGAGAGAAUCACUUGUCCUGCAGAAUUCUAUCUCCACAAGAAGCAACAGGAGGAGAAAAUUGCACAAUUGACAUCAGCCAUAGAAUUAUGUCAAACAUCUAUCAGCAGGAUAGGAGAGGAGAAACGCAGUCUGGAGGAAACAUGUCACCGACUACGCAUCAGUUUGGAGGCCAAGCAGCAGCAACAGCUUCAGAACAACCACAGCAUACAGUCACAGGUCAAGGUCAUAGAGGACAAACUGAACAGACAGAAACAAUUACUAACAUUUAUGAAGCAGCAGAGUAAAGUAGAUAUAAAACAGAGAUCAGAGUUUGGACAGUUGGUGCUGGAGCUACUGAGUGAUGAGGAUAAAGAAAAUAUUCCUAGAAUGUUUCUUACUACCAAGGUGCAACAAGACAAUCUGGGCCUACAACACUUAGCCAGUGUUGAAACAGAGUCAGGUGACUGUAGUCUACACACAGAGGACAUCAUAUCAGAGGCCCUGUCCACUAACGACCUGCGACAGCUUGUCACCAAAAUGCAGGACCGCUGGAAUACUCUGUUUCCUUUGGUCCAGGAAAUGAAGAAUGUCUCAGACAGACAUGCCAUAGACUGGAUACAGGACCAAAACCUACUACGGAUACUGGUAGGCAGAGGUGGCUCCAUCAUGUGUACACUUCAUGUUCCCGAAUCGUAUCCAUUCUCAGGGGAGAUAACUUUACAAAAGACAUCCAAUUUGCCAUCAGAUGUGAAGGAAGAAGACAUCUUGCCUCCAUCUGAGUGCAGAAGUUUACAAGGAUGGGUCGAUUACUUAGAAGAAACAUUUGGAAAACCAUGAUUAUGUAUUUAUAUACAGUGUGAACAUUGCGAAAU